ACCAAUUGUUCGACUUUCGAAUUCUGUCCAUACGUGAUGGUGUUGACUUUGAAAUACAUUAACAAAGAGCAAGUCUUCACAGCUUUCGAAUUCUGUCCAUACAUGAUGGUGUUGACUAUGAAUUAUUCCGGCAAAAUGAGAUCAAUCAGAAGCGGUUGCUGAGUUUUGGAUCGUGGGGUUGUGCUUGUAAAGGUGAAUUGUUGAAGAUUAAUCUUAUAUAUUCCUCAACAAUUUGAGCAUCAGCUGCAGAAUUUUAUCAAAAUGGAAGGACAAACAAGUGAUUCAUUAAAUGAACAACAAUGUUUGGAGACAAAAUUAACCAACAUGCUUCAAAACGUGGAACCUCCAGAAAUGUAUGGAUUCGAUAUGCAAUGCAUUUAUAGAGUACCACCAGACAUUCGUGAAACUAAUCCCAAAGCCUACACACCACGAAUUGUUUCAAUUGGCCCUUUUCACAAAGCAUGUUACGCUGGAAAUGAAGACAGCAUUUUUGAGUCAAUGGAAGAGCUUAAAGUGAACUAUCUCAAGGCAUUUCUAAAUCGAACCCAAAUACCUAUGGGAACCUUUGUUGUCACACUUCAAGCGUUGGAAGACAAAAUUCGAAGUUGUUAUGCAGUGCGUAUUAAAUAUAACAGCGAUGAUUUCUUAAAGAUGAUUCUCAUUGAUGCUUGCUUCAUAAUUGAGUUGUUUUUGAGAUUGCAUAAAUAUGAAGAUUGGCAGGGAAAGGACCCUGUGUUGCUAAAAGACUGGAUGCAAAUGCAAAUUGGUGAGGACUUGAGACUACUAGAAAAUCAGCUUCCUUUCUUCGUUCUUGAACAACUUUACAACCUUGCUGGUAUGAAUCCGGAAUUUCCCUCCUUUCUUCAGAUUUCUUUCAACUGUUUGAAGGUUGUGGAAUAUGGAGCAACAUCGUGUCCAACAGAGUCCCCAAAGCACUUCACCGAUCUUAUGAGAACUUGUAUAAUAUUGUCAUCAAAAUUUGUUCUUAGAGAAGAAGAAGAAUGUAAAGGAAUAAAACAUGUAUACAAUGCAAGCCAACUACGGGAGGCAGGUCUUAAAUUCAAGGUCAGUCCAAAUGAAAAUGAAUGCUUACUUGACAUGACCUAUUCCGAUGAGGGUGUGUUGACAAUGCCAAUCUUGAAUAUAGCUGACGAUUCAGAAAUGUUCUUCAGGAAUAUAUUGGCAUUUGAGCAUUGUCACCUUUCAGAUGAUACAUGCAUCAUCACUCAAUACCUAAAGAUUCUAGAUUUUCUUAUCGACACUGAAAAAGAUGUGAAAGAACUAAUUGAUAAGAAAAUUAUUGUCAAUUGGAUGGGUGAUCCUAAUGCACUGGCUGCAAUGGUUAACAGUCUGAGCUCAAAUCUUGCGAUGCCACGUUUCAAUCCAGUGUAUUUCUCUAUCUGCAAUAGCUUAAAUGAUUUCUAUGAAAGUCCUUGCAACAAGUACAAGGCUAUCUUCAUACACGAGUACUUCAACACUCCUUGGAAAAUAGCAUCUACAGUUGCUGCAAUUGUGCUUCUUUUGCUCACAUUGAUUCAGACUAUAUGUUCAAUAAUCUCACUGUUUUAAUUAAGGUAGUUUAGGAAUUGGGCCGUUAACAGGGAAGUCAAUUGGGGGAAGAAAGCAUUUGAUGAUUGUAUUUGAGUGUCUCACAAGGUGAUAGGCAGCAAGACCCAAAGGACAGGCCCAAAAGGAAGAUUAAACCACCUCAGCAUUUGAAAGAUUAUGUUUAAGGGAGUUUGGGCACCAAUUCUGCUGUUUUCGUAGUGCCCCACUAUGCUAUAAUCAUAAUCAUUAGUGAAUAAUUCUUAUAGUUCUGGUAGUAGUGCUUUCAUUUUAGCAAUUCUGUUAUAGUGCUGUAUUAAUGCAUAGGUGAUUCUGUUAUUGGCUUUUGUCUGCUAGCAAGCACUAAUAGCUAUAAAUAUCUGAGAUAUAUUAAAAGAAGAUAAGAAAUGAUAUAAGCAAUUUCCCUUCGCUA